AACGGGGGCUGGUUGGGUGGGCCAACGGGUGCCGAAGGGUUACAGGGAUCCCUCCAAGCUCAACCCACUCUCAACCCCCCAAUUCCAUCUUACAGCUCCGAUUUCGGGGCUCUUAACCCACCCCCUUAUACCACCAACCCAACCAACCCCCCAACCCCUAAACCCAACGCCGUCCGGUGGCACACGGGGGAGCGACCGUUCGUCUGCAACUGGCUCUUCUGCGGGAAACGCUUCACCCGCAGCGACGAGCUGGAGCGACACGUUCGUACCCACACCCGGGAGAAGAAAUUCACUUGUCUCCUUUGCAGUAAACGUUUCACCCGCAGCGAUCACCUCAGCAAACAUCAGAAGACACACGUGGAAAUCGGUGGUCCCG